AAAUUUCAACAAAUCUCUACUCCUUUUUCACUCCCUCGCCUUUUCACAUUUCUCCCUUCAAUUCUCGUCUCUCCAGUGUGUUCUCUACGAUGUCGUCCGCCGAGAGGGAAAGAGAGACGCAGGUCUACAUGGCCAAGCUUGCAGAACAGGCCGAACGCUACGACGAAAUGGUGGAGUGUAUGAAGAAAGUGGCUAAACUAGAUGUUGAGCUAACAGUGGAAGAGAGAAACUUGCUAUCUGUUGGAUACAAAAAUGUUAUAGGUGCUAGGCGUGCUUCUUGGCGCAUCAUGUCCUCAAUUGAACAGAAGGAAGAGUCCAAAAGCAAUGAGAACAAUGUUAAACUCAUUAAGAGUUACCGUCAGAAGGUAGAGGAGGAGCUUUCCAAGAUCUGUAUCGAUAUUCUGACUAUUAUUGACAAGCACCUCAUUCCUUCUUCAACCUCUUCAGAAGCAUCGGUUUUCUACUACAAGAUGAAAGGUGAUUAUUACCGAUACCUUGCUGAGUUCAAAACAGAUCAAGAAAGAAAGGAGGCAGCAGACCAGUCAUUGAAGGGAUAUGAGACUGCUGCCAGCACCGCAAAUACCGAACUUCCAUCAACCCACCCAAUCCGUCUUGGCCUUGCUCUCAACUUUUCUGUCUUCUACUAUGAGAUUAUGAAUUCCCCUGAAAGGGCUUGCCACUUAGCUAAACAAGCUUUUGACGAGGCAAUUGCUGAAUUGGAUACUUUGAGUGAGGAAUCAUACAAGGACAGUACCCUCAUAAUGCAGUUGCUGAGAGAUAACCUCACUCUCUGGACAUCUGAUUUACCAGAAGAUGGAGGUGAAGAUAACCUCAAAGGUGAGGAUUCCAAACCGGCAGCACCAGCCCCUGAGCAGCAUUAAUGGUAUAAAUGAGAUUACCCCUCAAACACAACGAUUGGAUUAGACAUCACAUUUACUCACUAUGGUGUAAUAGACCCGUACAAUGAUAUGAUAUUAGCUUCUUUUUGGUUCAACAAAAAAUCAGAAAAAAAGAUUUAUUAGAUCCAUUUAUUGAAUAUUUCUUUCCCCACUUCUAGUUUCUCACGGCAUUGAGCUGAACUUUUAAAGUAUUAAAUUUCUCAUUUCCUUGUUCAUCCCCUCUCGUUGCUUUUUCUUCUUCUUUUAAUGUAAAGUACCUUCGAAUUUGGGCAAAAUGAAUGAGAUCUUUAUGGUAUUGAUGGCGGGUUGGUUGGUGUUUACGGCACAA